AUGGAUAGAGCAAAUCACUCUGUGGUGUCAGAGUUUGUGUUCCUGGGACUCACCGAUUCCUGGGAGAUCCAACUUCUCCUCUUUGUGUUCUCCUCUAUGGUUUAUGUGGCAAGCAUGAUGGGAAACUCCCUCAUCAUGCUCACUGUGAUUUCUGACCCUCACUUACACUCCCCCAUGUACUUUCUGUUGGUCAACCUGUCCUUCAUUGACCUGGGAAUUUCUUCUGUCAUUUCUCCGAAGAUGAUUUAUGACCUUUUCAGAAAGCAUAAAGUCAUCUCAUUUGGUGGCUGCAUCGCUCAAAUCUUCUUCAUCCACGUCAUUGGUGGCGUGGAGAUGGUGCUGCUCAUCGCUAUGGCCUUUGACAGAUAUGUUGCCAUAUGCAAGCCUCUGCACUACUUGACUAUUAUGAACCGAAAAAUGUGUAUUUUGCUUACAGUUGCUGCCUGGGUAAUUGGCUUGACCCACUCUGUGAUUCAACUGGUUUUUGUAAUAACAUUGCCAUUCUGUGGCCCUAAUGUGUUAGACAGCUUUUAUUGUGACUUUCCUCGGUUCAUCAGACUUGCCUGCACAGACACCUACCGUCUAGAGUUCAUGGUCAUAGCCAACAGUGGGUUCAUAUCUCUGGGAUCAUUCUUCAUAUUGAUUGUCUCCUACAUUUGUAUCCUGAUCACUGUUUGGAAACACUCUUCAGCAGGCACAUCUAAGGCCCUCUCCACUUUGUCAACUCAUGUCAUGGUGGUGAUUUUGUUCUUUGGCCCUUGCAUCUUCGUUUAUAUCUGGCCUCACCCCACCUCACACCUGGACAAAUAUCUUGUUGUCUUUGAUGCAGUUCUCACUCCUUUUUUUAACUCAGUCGUCUAUACAUUCAGGAACAAAGAGAUGAAAGUGGCAAUGAGGAAAGUGUGUAGUCAGUUUAUUAUUUAUAGAAGGAUUUCUUAAAUGACACAAGUAUUACAAAAUUUCCUUACUGACUUGAAGUAACAUUACAUAUCUAUAGUUUGAAUACCAGAUUCAAAGUAACUUACUAUAAUUGAG